AUGGACGACGACCUGCUUUCAAGGCAGGAUUACGCCAGGCUCUUGCAAAUUCUCCGCCAAUCUCACAAUUCAUCUCUGGCAGCAACCCGUAUUCUGAGACUGUACAUGGAUUUGCAAGCUGUGGGAGUGAAUCUGACGCGGAAGAUGUACGAGGUGGUUUUGCAGGCGCAUAUUAUGGUGGGCGCACUGCCAGAGUCGAUACGACUAUAUCAGGAUGUUACUGAUAUGGUGGGACAAGGGACGCUUGAGCACAAAAAGGUUCUCUGGACCGUAGUUGAUGCAUUUGGGGCGAAUCAGAUGAUACCGGACGGGAUCGCCUUUCUGGAUCAACUACCUAUUUUCAGCAGCGAGGACGGAAGCGCGACAUCGUUUUUUGCAGCUCGCCCCAAACCACCAAGGCUCACGGACGUUUCACGGGUAAUGGAGGUCUUUGCGAGAUAUCCUGAGGAAGACAGUGUGCUGGUAUUUUCAAGGAUGGUCACAGGAUUACUGGUCAAGACUCAGGACGUGGAAACAUUGACUCCAUUGUUGCAACGCCUAUUGUUGUCAAGUCAUUUUGGUGAGGCCGCCCGGGUUUUGGACAUGACGCUCGCACACGGCAUGGAACCAAGACUGGAUCAAAUCCGCCUGCAUCUCCUGCAAUCGGCACACGCUUUCACAGACAAGGCGCAUCAUGAGCAUGCCAUUGAUCAAUGGGAUACCAUUACCAUCCAGCGCUCCAGAUCGCAGGACACAUCACCAUUGGACCCGUCCCAGUCAUUGGCAGAGCAACAAGCGCCGCACAGCAUACUUGUCGCGGAAUACUCUAAUCUAUUAAGGUGGCGCAUUUACGAGGGCGAUCUGACUGGAGCGCAGAGUGCUGCAAUACACAUCUCUGCACGCGGAUGGACCCCACAGGGUAUCGAUUUCCACCAACUUUGCAGCUACAUGGUCAACCACAGUCGUUCCUCCCACUACCCCGACUAUCUCGAGGUUCUGUAUACCCUCGGCGGAUCCCUUGUGCCUGAUCUGCACACCUAUCGCCGCCUUGUCUAUGCGGCCUGCCGUCGAUCUGACCUCCAGUCCGCCCUGACCCUCUUCAAGUUGGUUCAAACCCGUCACCCGGACUGGCAAUUGGACUCCACAAUCUACAACGCCAUCAUCUCGACCGCCGCUGCCGCGGGACACAUUCGAGUCGCCGAGAAGACUUUGGCGUGCAUGCUGAAAGAUGGCGUCAAGCCUGACCAUUUCUCGUUCCACGGACUGCUCAACGGAUAUGGGAAUGCAGGAGAUCUCGAGGCUGCAGCCAUGAUUCCGGAACAUAUGCUCAAGCAAAAGCUGAUCCCGACAACUAGAACUUUUAAUCUGGUGAUGAAGGCGUAUCUGGGCUCACGCAUGGAUCUAACGACGACUCGUAAGCUGCUCCGGGUGAUGCAGUCUUCAGGGCAGAUGGUUCCACCGGAUCUGGUCACAUUUAAUCAGCUGCUGGAGGGGUACCGACGUGUUGGGAAUACAGAGUGGUUCGACGCAUAUUUCGACCGGUAUUUUAGGGAUAAGCAGACGCCUUCAGUGUCAGACUCCGCCUGUUGCGAGGAAGAAAAUAUUGUUGGUGAGGGUGACCCGGAUGUGAUGCAGAGCCAGGAUACGAUUGCGAAGGAUGGUAUCACACAGUCGAUCGACAAUGAUUGCAAACAGUCAAUGAAGACAGUGGUACGGCCUGUGAAAUCGGAUGACUGGACUCUUUUCAUUCAGCUCAAGCAUUCUUUGGAACUGCGAAAUGUGGAUCUGCCGACUGUGAAAGAGCUCUGGCAUGCCGUUAAACCAAAGGUGGUGCCAUCUACCGCGAGGCCUCUUAUCCCACAGGAUAGCGUCGAUGUCAACAACACUGACAACGAUAAGGCUGCGCCUAUCCAGCCUUUGUCAUCGCCGUCUAGAUCGGACGAUAGUGUAUUGUCAUCAACGCACGUGCCCUUCCAGAAAAGGCUCGACUCUGUUUGGAUGCCUGCAACAGACCAUGAAUACUUCCGGUUCACGACAUUGACCCUAUUUCGAGCAGCAUUUCGAUCAAGAGGCGACACCACGGGCGUCAAAACGAUGGAUGAUAUCAUAUCGCAAUUGUUUCCAGAGCACCCAUCGAGCUUGAUUUUUCUCAAGAGGAGAGCCAUGAAGAAGUUUCGAGCAUUGACCAAGAAAACCAAGGGCAAAAACGGCAGCAAACACAGCGGACCAUCAUCGAAAUAA